AAUUACUGAUAAACAACAAUCACAAAGAACUCAAGUUGGGAAUGGGUCAAUAAAAACGUUAUCUCAGAAAAUUGUGGGAGGCUAUUUUUCAAAUGAAGUUUACGUAUACGUCCGUGGACGUGGACGUGGUCGGUACGUGUGUGGUCGUUGUGGGAUACGUUGUAAGAAACCAUCGAUGUUGAAAAAGCAUAUUAAGUCGCAUUCGGAUAUACGGCCAUACGGGUGUAAACAGUGUAAUUUCAAUUUUAAAACAAAAGGUAAUCUUACCAAACAUCUGCAAUCGAAAACACAUCGUCGUAGGAUGGCUGAAAAAGAGAAGCAAAAAACAGCUGAGCAAGAUUCGGAUAGCGAUCAUGAUCGGUUGGAAAUUGCGAGCCUUAGUGGGACCGCUUCAACCUUUAGUAACGAUCCACUUUCAGACGAUGAAUGUUCAUCAGACGAAGAUUUACGACCAUUCUGCAGUGACAAAAACAAAAAUAUGUAUCGAAAAUUUGGUCAAGAAAUCACAUUAAUGGAGCGAACAGCCCAUACACCACCAAUGUUGUGGAUUGUUGGUGAAACGGUUUUUGAUUGGUCGAUUCCGAAUUGCUUACGUUCAUGUCAUAGCGCACCACCUAGUGCACGGUAUCCAUCGGAAGGACGAAAGCAACAAAAACUAUUGGAAACGAAUUUUCUGUUAAAAAAGGCUGCCUCGGAAGACGUCCGUAACUUUGAUGUUAAAGAACCAACAACUUGUGCUGUAUCAGUGGUUCAAACUUUGGUACCUACAACCAGUGACUGUUCACAAUUGCAGUCACUGUCAUCCUUCAUGACAGAGCAACAGCCUUCAGUGGGAGCAUUUUUUGCUAAGGAGACAAUGAUAUGCGAUAUUUGCAAACGUGUAUUUCGAAGUUCGACUGAGAUGACAUUGCAUCGCAAAAUCCAUUUGAUUGGACCAUCAAAUUCACGUAUACGGUCUUAUCAGUGUAGCGAAUGCAAAUAUUCGGCUCGAGCACGUAACGCUUUGCAGCGACACAUGGAAGAAAGACAUGGAAUUGUUGAAAGUUUGCAAGCAGAACAACUGAAUGAUUCGGAUAACGGUAUAUAUUUAUAA